UUCUGAAGGCCAAACCACAGACAUGGGCCACAGACAUGCCAUAGAGAAAGCCAAACUGUGGCUGCUUCGGCUAGCCUGUAGACUGUAUCCUGUGCCUGAACUACCUGUGCGAAAGUGUUACGAUUUGUUUGAACCUUAACAGCUUGAACCUCUUGAACGUUUUUUUGCUACGCCUCGUCAUGAAAGUUGAAUCACGUUAAGUCGUGGCAUAUUAUCAUGGCAAUAUGUCGUCUUCGUUAUGGGCAUUACAUUAUGCCUUAAAUGUACCACGUUUCUGCGACAGUGGUCUGAGGUGAGCGGUGCAAGACAGACUGAAGCAAGAAUGAGUGGGAUUUUAACAGAUGCGCAGAAAAAGUUGAUCGAAGAAAACCGACAGAGAGCACUUGCCCGCCGAGCAGAGAGACAGAAAGCUGCGUCAGCGUGUGUCACACCAAAUCAUACCUCGCCGUGUCCUCCAAAAUGUUCCGCACUACUGGAAGUAAAGAAAUGCGUUCAGAAUGCGCCGCUCUCUUUCUACGGACCAACCAGCUCUAAUGCGGCAGGCUUACUCGAAAAAAGCAUUCCGUUGCAACGGAGCCAGAAUGCGAGACCUGGUCAAGACGUGUCGCGUAGUGCAGUUCAAGCAGCGUUCGGCGCACCAUCGACAAAGCCGGUGACGGGUGCGUGUGUCAUGAUGUCAGGCGAUCGGUUUCGAGUGGAAGCGCCGUACCACCAACAAAUGAUUGAAAUAUUUCGCACCAUGCCUUCGAGAAUGUACGAUGCCGAGAAGAAACGUUGGAGCUUUCAUCUCACUUGCCACAAUGCUUUAAUGGAGAAACUUAAGUGCUUGAGGCCCGCUGUUCUGGUUGCCGAGAUUCCUAGACACAUCAUAAGGGCAUUCUCAGGAACUCCUGAGAAUUAUGAGGUCAGUCUGACCGGCCUUGACUGCAAGCUCGAACAAGCGCUUCUACCGUUUCAGAAAGAAGGUGUCUGCACCGCUGUGCGUCGCAAAGGCCGCAUCUUGAUCGCCGACGACAUGGGGCUUGGCAAAACUAUCCAGGGCAUUGCGAUAGCUGCCUACUACAGAGAGGAAUGGCCGGUGCUUGUGGUUACGCCAUCCUCUGUGCGGUUUACUUGGAAGGAGGCUUUUCUACGUUGGAUGCCAUCGCUGAGCCAAGAUCAAGUAACAGUGUUGGUAACUGGUAGUGAUGAUGUUUCACCGCUUCACCAAGUAAUCAUCACCAGCUAUGACCUCCUGACGAAGAAGACUGAAGACCUCUGUGACAAGUUUAAGGUUGUCAUUCUGGAUGAGAGCCACUUCAUCAAGAAUUCAAAGACUGCACGGACAAAAGCCUGCCAGAAGGCCAUUUCCAAAGCCACCAGAGUAGUUCUUCUCACAGGCACACCAGCGCUGUCAAGGCCAAUCGAACUGUACACACAGAUAUGUGCUGUGCAGCCAAAAAGUUUGCCUGGCAUGCAGGAAUUUGGCAUCCGAUAUUGUAAUGGCCAGAAAAACCAGUGGGGCUGGGACUUCUCUGGCUCAUCCAACAUGCAUGAGCUGCAGCUCUUCCUUGAAAAAACAGUGAUGAUACGUAGGCUUAAGGCUGAUGUUCUGUCACAGUUGCCAGCCAAGCAAAGGCAAGUUGUGUUGCUUGACCCCUCGCAUGUGAAGACAACAGAUAAAGUGUUGCAGCACAUGGCUCGUGAAAUGCACAACACUAAACUCAAGGUCAUGGAAAAAAGAGGCGUUCUGCUGACCUAUUUUCGCGAAACUGGCAUUCAUAAGAUCAAGGCAGUAUGCAAGUACAUUGAGGAUUUGGUGGAAGGUGAUCAGAAGUUCCUCUGUUUUGCACACCACCAGGUAGUCUUAGACAGCAUCUGUGACCUGCUAACCAAGAAGAACUGCAGUCAUAUACGCAUUGAUGGCAAGACAUCAUCUGAGUUGCGCAAGCAACUAUGUGACAAGUUCCAGUACAACGACAUGUGCAAAGUUGCUGUGUUGAGCAUCACUGCUGCAAAUGCUGGCAUAACACUGAGCUCUGCAAGCUUGGUCAUCUUUGCAGAACUGUUUUGGAAUCCAGGCAUACUCACUCAGGCAGAGGACAGGGUGCAUCGAAUAGGACAGCAGAACUGUGUUGUUAUUCAGUACCUUGUGGCAAAGGGAACUGCUGAUGACUAUAUCUGGCCACUUGUGUGCAACAAGCUAGACACUCUGGGAAAAGCAGGACUGAGCAAGGACAGCUUUUAUGAUGUAGAUUUAAAGAUAUCUGCUGAUCAAAAGCAACCAACCUUGGAAGAUUUUUUUAGUGAGGACGAGUUGUGGACUGAUAUUAUUGAUGAAGACGGUAGUGGUGAUUGCACGCAUGCAAAAAGAACAAAGCUUCAGUAGUAUACCAAUUGUUUUAUAUGUACUUUUUCUUGCGCCUUAAUAAAUGAACAAUCAUGUUGUCUAAUAUCA